UCGAUAGAUUUACAAAGUGGAUUGAAGCAAAGCCAGUAACUUCGGCAGAUGCAACGGCGGCACUGAAUUUCAUCAAGGACAUCGUGUUCCGCUUCGGAGUACCAAACAGCAUAGUCACGGACAAUGGCUCCAAUUUCACAUCAAGGGAGUUCAAGGACUACUGUGAAGGGCUAGGAAUAAAACUUAACUUCGCAUCAGUUGCUCACCCUCAAACUAACGGUCAAGUCGAAAAAGCUAAUGGACUUAUCUGCAACGGCAUAAAGAAGAGACUACUUUCGCCACUCGAAAAAGCAAGGCACGCUUGGGUCGAUGAAUUACCCUCCGUGCUGUGGAGCUUACGCACAACUCCAAACGCGGCUCAAGAAACACCUUUCUUCCUGGUCCACGGCGCUGAAGCCGUGCUUCUAGUCGAACUAGAACAUGAUUCCCCUCGAGUCAUAGAAUAUGAAGAAGAAGCUUCACAAAAAGCUCUUGAAGAUGAUGUAGAUGCAGCCGACGAAGCAAGAGACGUUGUACUCUCCCGAGUAAAUGCAUACCAGCAGAACUUGAAAAAUUAUCAUAGUCAAAGACUCCGUCCCCGCUCUUUUGCGGCCGGAGAUCUGGUUCUUCGCCUCAAGCAGGAUGGACACGAGAAACUGGAAUCGCCAUGGACAGGACCAUACAUCGUAACGGAAGUUAUACCUGGCGGUGCAUAUCGUUUGAAGGACAAGCAGACAGGAAAAGAUGAGGGGAACCCGUGGAACGUCGCACAGCUGCGGCGGUUCUACGCGUAA